AAACGUCGGUCGUUUCACUCGCCGUCUGAAGCCGGUCCUUUCAGUGCAUUUGUGGUGUAUGCGUUCGGUGGGUGUACCACGGGACCAGGGUAUUCGAAUACGGCGUACGUGCGAAGGUGCAACCGUAGUACCGACUGAAGUGGGAGCGUUCAGACACCGGUUGAAAAAUCGCCGUGAAAGUGCACUUUAGAAGUGAAAUGUGAAUGACAUAACACCACGAUGACUAGAGGAAUUUUAAGAUUGCACUUAAACCGUCUCGAAACCUGUGAUAUUAAGUAUUUGUAUAGAUGUAAUUCACACAGUAUAAGCGCCAAAACCUAUCAUGCAGUUUUAAAAAAUUCGAGCCGCAGGCUGUUUUCUAGCCAGGCUCAGAAUAAAGUUGCUGAAGAGGUCCAAGGAGUGCCUUACUCCAAUCUAAAGAUAGGUGUACCUAAGGAAGUAUGGAAGAACGAGAGAAGAGUGGCUAUCACUCCUGCGGUGGUUCAAACAUUGUCGAAAAAAGGAUUUACAGUAUUCAUAGAAGAAAACGCAGGUGCUGAAGCUAAAUUUAGAAACGACGAUUAUGAAGCUGCCGGUGGAAAAAUAACAAAUAACCAGAAUGUCUUCAGUUCAGACAUUGUAUUAAAAGUAAGACAACCUAUAGAAUCGGAGGUUCAAAAAUUUAGAGAAGGAUCCACACUUAUAUCAUUCCUCUACCCAGCUCAAAACAAAACCCUUAUAGAUAAAUUAGCUGAAAGAAAUAUAAAUGCUUUUGCCAUGGAUUGCAUUCCUCGUAUUACAAGAGCUCAAGUAUUUGAUGCUCUAAGUUCAAUGGCAAACAUUUCCGGGUAUCGAGCUGUGGUGGAAGCUGCCAAUCAUUUUCCUAGGUUUUUUUCCGGACAAAUUACCGCGGCUGGUAAAGUACCUCCGGCUAAAAUUCUUGUCGUAGGUGGAGGUGUGGCUGGAUUAGCUGCCAUUGGACAAGCUAAGAGUAUGGGUGCUAUAGUAAGAGCUUUUGAUACGAGAGCAGCAGUAAAAGAACAAGUAGAAUCAAUGGGAGCGGAAUUUCUGACAAUCGAUAUAGAAGAAGAAGGUGGUACUGCUGGAGGUUACAGCAAGGAAAUGUCGAAAGAAUUUAUAGAAGCAGAACAUGCUCUUUUUGCUAAGCAGUUAAAGGAAGUAGAUGUGGUUAUUACUACUGCUUUGAUUCCUGGAAAAAAGGCCCCUCUUCUAAUACUUAAGGAACAUGUGCUAGGUAUGAAGCCGGGAAGUGUGGUUGUAGAUUUAGCAGCUGAAGCUGGCGGAAAUAUUGAAACAACGAAACCCGGUGAAGUGUAUUCUCUAAACGAUGUCACACACAUUGGAUUAACUGAUCUUUCAAGUCGGUUACCAACACAAAGUUCAACCCUUUAUGCUAAUAACAUAUCAAAAUUUCUGUUGUCUAUGGGGGAGAAGAAUCAUUUCCACAUUAAUUUGAACGACGAAGUCGUAAGAGGAAGUAUUAUUUUAGAUAAUGGAAAGUGGCUGUGGCCACCACCAGCUCCAACAGGACCACCACCUCCACCUCCUAAAAAAGUUGCAGUUGUAAAAGAAGAACAAAAAGCAGUAUCACCAUUUAAUGCAACACUAAAUAAUUCUUUAGCCACAACUGCUGGAAUUGGAACAAUUUUGGGUUUGGGUAUGGUCUCUCCUAAUCCAGAAUUUACUUCUAUGAUGUCGAUAUUGGGAUUGUCCGGAAUCGUGGGAUAUCAUACUGUAUGGGGCGUAACACCAGCAUUACAUUCACCCCUUAUGUCCGUAACCAAUGCUAUUUCAGGUAUCACCGCUGUUGGUGGCCUCCUUCUCAUGAAUGGUGGUUACUAUCCUACAAAUUCAGUUGAAUCUUUAGCUGCUGCUGCCGCUUUUGUCUCAUUCAUCAACGUUUUUGGAGGUUUUGUGGUUACAAAAAGAAUGUUAGACAUGUUCAAAAGACCGGGUGAUCCCCCAGAGUAUAAUUCACUUUUCGCAAUACCAGCCGCUGGAUUUUUGGGGGCUUACGGAUGGGCCGCCACCCAAGGUCUGCCAGAAAUCCAUCAGGCAGCAUAUCUGGCGUCAUCACUAUGUUGUGUUGGUGCAUUGGGUGGAUUAAGUUCUCAAGCAACCUCAAGAUUAGGAAAUAACUUAGGAAUGAUUGGUGUGACGGGUGGCAUUGCAGCAACAUUAGGAUACUUGUCUCCUUCUCAAGAAGUAUUAGCUCAAAUGGCAGCAUGUCUUAUUGGAGGUGGUGCAUUGGGCACUUUGAUAGCAAAACGUAUUCAAAUUACCGACUUACCACAACUAGUCGCUGCUUUCCACAGUUUGGUGGGGUUAGCUGCGGUACUAACGUGCUUCGGCACCUACAUUCACGACUUUCCAACAUUUGCCACGGAUCCAGCCGCAAAUAUUAUUAAAACUGCUUUGUUUUUGGGUACUUAUAUUGGAGGAGUUACCUUCAGUGGGUCAUUAAUUGCCUAUGGCAAACUACAAGGCUUAUUAAAAUCAAAUCCAUUGCUUUUACCUGGAAGACACGCAUUGAAUAUGGGGUUGUUACUUGGAAAUAUAGGAGCAGGUGGAUACUUAUUCUUCGAUCCAAGCUUAACUGGCGGAUUGGGCGCCUUAGGUGCUACAGCGGCUUUGUCUACAACUAUGGGUGUUACACUGACGUCAGCUAUUGGAGGUGCUGACAUGCCCGUGGUUAUAACCGUUUUAAAUAGUUACUCCGGUUGGGCGUUAUGUGCAGAGGGAUUUAUGUUGAAUAACAAUCUUAUGACAAUUGUUGGAGCCCUCAUUGGAUCAUCUGGUGCCAUUCUGUCCUACAUUAUGUGCAAGGCAAUGAACCGUUCUUUACCAAAUGUGAUUCUCGGAGGAUACGGAACAAGUAGUACCGGAUCAGGAAAACCAAUGGAAAUCACUGGUACACAUACUGAAAUCAACCUGGAUGGAGCCGUGGAAUCAAUUAAAAACGCCAGGAACAUUAUAAUCGUGCCAGGAUAUGGACUCUGUGUGGCCAAGGCUCAGUACCCCAUAGCUGAAAUGGUCAACUAUCUUAAAAGUAAAGGAAAACACGUUAGAUUCGCGAUACAUCCAGUAGCGGGAAGAAUGCCUGGUCAGUUGAAUGUAUUGUUGGCGGAAGCUGGCGUUCCAUAUGACGAUGUACUAGAAAUGGAGGAAAUUAAUGACGACUUUCCGGAGACUGAUUUAGUACUGGUUAUUGGUGCGAAUGAUACUGUGAAUUCAGCAGCUGUUGACGAUCCGAAUUCGCCAAUUGCCGGUAUGCCAGUAUUAAAUGUUUGGAAAUCAGAACAUGUUAUAGUUAUGAAAAGAUCUUUGGGUGUUGGGUACGCAGCAGUUGACAAUCCAGUCUUCUACAAAGCUAACACUUCAAUGUUGUUGGGUGAUGCUAAGAAAACUUGUGAUGCGCUUCUAUCAAAAAUCAAGGAAGAUUCUUAAAUUAAUUUUAAGUAAACAAUUGUUUUAUUUCUUUAAGUUACGUAUGUAUGGAAUUGUGCAAAUUUGAUCCAGUAUAGAAAGACGAGAUUAGGAUUUAGCUGUGAUAAAGAUUUGUUUAAAUUUUUUGAUUUACUAUGCUGCCAUUAAUGGAACAUAUUUGCACAGUUUAAUCAACCUGAUUCAGACCUUAUAUGAGUGGGUCAGGGUUAGUUUAAUUUUAAACAUGUUGUGUAUUAUUUUUGCAAUUUUUAUGGAGAAACACAGUCUGAGUUGAAUUUAAUUCUUAUAUGUUGAAUGUAAAUUAGAGACUCAGGAAAUUUAUUUUAAUCAAUUUUUUAACAAAAUGACUUAAAAUAUAAUUAGAUGUAUUGUGUGAAGUUUAUUAAUAUAACAGCCAUUAAAAACUGACAUAUUUACUUUUGUACAAAAGAGGUAAUGGUAAGUUUAAUGUAGGAAAUUUUCAAUAAAAAGAUAUAAUUAA